UCUCACCCAUGAAUCCUAAAAACCGAAGUCAAAUGCAGUGUCACGUUAGCACAUCUCUUGUGAAUAACCCGAGUCCUGUUUAGUUCGCGAACAUUUCUUGGAAAAAAUACAAGCUGCUGUGUCAAGAUUUUCAAGAUCUGAAAAAUAGGUUUGAAGAACUGCAGAAGAAUAAAGAAUGGGGGAAACAAGGACUGAAGAGAGGAAGAAUAAUGACAUCAUGCAAGCCUAUUCACUUCAGUGCAGAAGUGUGUUGGCUCGAGCGACAUCUCUCGUCAGCGGACGGUUCAUCUCAACCUUGCUCAACUUCGUCCUCAUCGCUCUAAUAGUUUACAUGACUUUUGAUAUCAUGGCAGGCCUCACCAUCAUGGGCUUUUCUUACAUCCGUCCAACAACAACAACAACAACUACUACUACUACUACUACUGUGGAAUCAACAACAACAACAACAACAACGACAACAAAGGCCCCUUCCCCAACCCUAACACUGAACAUCACCAACAACACGUUCCUGUUCAUCGAUGUUUCAGGCAAGCCGGACUUGACAUUCAGACAACUGUGCUCCUUGGAAUCCUUUGCUCGUCUGCAUCAACAUCGCAACGUCGUCGUCGCCAUGAACAACGAAUUCCCGACGACGACUUCGGGUCCUAUCGGCAAUCUGAGGAAAAUCUAUCCUAAUUUACGGGUCGAGGCCUUGGACAUGAAGCAAAUGUUGGGUAAAACCAGUUUCAAAUACCUUCUGAGAGAGGGACACUUGCAGAGCUCGACUUUCCGCGAGAAUCACUUGAGAGACGUGUUGGCUGCGUUGAUUUCGCUGGAUUACGGGGCUUUCGUGGUGGAUUUCGGCGUGAUUGCGUUGAAAAGCAUGGCGGAGGCUACACCGAGUCUGGUUGGACUGCAGGAGUACUCACCCGUGGGUGCUGCCAUGGAUGUCAUGUAUUUGGCACGAGGUCACAGGAUCACGAAGAAACUCGUGUACAUGAUGGCUGAAGAGUUUCAAGGCUCAUUUUUCGGUAGAAGUGGGGGAUUUCUGCUGUCACAGGCCAUCAUCAGGUAUUGCCGCAGACACUUGAACGGAACCGCAGUGCUGACACCGAAUUCGUAUUGUCCUUCCAUCACGUUCCUGAACAAGGAAACUUUCUAUCCUAUCCCAAAAGAAAACUGGAAACUUCUGUUCAGGGAAUCAAAGUUCAAUGAAUCCAUUGAACUCAUGAGGGACAGUUACGCUGUCAACACGUGGCUGGAGAAGACGAAAAACAUACCGAUUUUCAUCGAUGGCAAGAAACAUGCCAUGGCUGCAUUGAUGAGCAAAAAGUGCCCUGGUAUUUCUGGGCUAAUGUCCCGAGGGAUUGAAAACUGAAGCAUGGAAUGAAUCAUUGGACUAUUGCACUGGAUUGAUCACAUCUUUUGGCGAAUCCGCAAUUAUUAUGGAUCUAAUUUUUUUCUCGAAAAUGUGGGAGAUGAGUAUUGUUGUGGGUUGAGUCUUGCGCACAGGUUUUCGUGAAUGAACCCAGUGUGUAUAUAAAAAAUAGCACUGAUUGAAAUUCUUGGAAAAGGAAAUGCAUCUGAAGAUUUCAAAAGUU